AUGAGCCAGGCCAGGCCUCGCUAUGCCAUCGAACGUGCUGCCUACUCUGUCAGCCUCUUCGACGAGGAGUUUGAGAAGAAAACCAGAGCUUACCCCGUCGGGGAGAAACUGAGAAACCUUUUCAGAUGUUCAGCUUCCAGGCUCAAGCUCACCCUCUUCCGCCUGUUCCCCAUUCUGGGGUGGCUCCCCAAGUACAAAAUCAAGGACUACAUCCUGCCUGAUGUCCUCGGGGGGCUCAGUGCAGGGACAAUCCAAGUGCCACAAGGGAUGGCCUUUGCCCUCCUGGCCAAUCUGCCUCCUGUCAAUGGCCUCUACUCCUCCUUCUUCCCCCUGCUCCCCUACUUCUUCCUCGGGGGCAUCCAUCAGAUGGUGCCAGGGACCUUUGCUGUCAUCAGCAUCAUUGUUGGCAACAUCUGCAACGAGCUGGCUCCAGAGUCGGACUUCCAGUACUUCAACCACACCAGCAACGAGAGCAGAGUGAACAGCACGGCCCUGGAGGCAGCCAGGCUGGAGAUCUCUGCCACCCUGGCCUGCCUGACAGCCAUCAUACAGCUGUGCCUGGGCUUCCUGCAGUUCGGCUUCGUGGCCAUCUACCUGUCAGAGUCCUUCAUCAGGGGCUUCAUGACGGCGGCGGGGCUGCAGAUCCUCAUCUCCGUGCUCAAGUACGUCUUCGGCUUGACGGUCCCGUCUUACACCGGGCCCUUAGCUAUCGUCUACACAUUCAUUGACAUUUGUAAAGGUCUGCCCCAGACCAACCUGGCCUCCCUGGUCUAUGCCUUGGUCAGCUCUGUGCUCCUGAUUGUUGUCAAGGAGCUCAACCUGAAGUACAUGAAGAAGAUCCGGAUGCCCAUCCCGAUGGAGAUCAUCAUUGUGAUCGUGGCCACCGCAAUCUCCGGCAGCUUCAACAUGCCCGACAAGUAUGGGAUGCCAAUAGUGGGGAAAAUCAGCAUGGGGUUCCCAAAGGCCACCCUGCCCCUGGUGAGCAAGUGGAAGGACAUGGUGGGCACGGCUUUCUCUCUCGCCAUCGUGGGCUACGUGAUCAACCUGGCCAUGGGGAGGACCCUGGCAGCCAAGCAUGGCUACAACGUGGACCCCAACCAGGAAAUGCUGGCCCUGGGCUGCAGCAACUUCUUCGGAUCCUUCUUCAAAAUCCACGUGAUCUGCUGUGCCCUCUCUGUCACCCUCGCCGUGGAUGGGGCAGGAGCAAAAUCCCAAGUGGCAAGUUUCUUUGUGGCUCUGGUGGUCAUGGUGACAAUGCUGUCCCUGGGAAUCUACCUCGAGCCUCUUCCAAAGUCUGUGCUGGGAGCCCUCAUUGCUGUGAACCUGAAAAACUCCCUCAAGCAGCUGGCUGACCCCUUCUACCUGUGGAAGAAGAGCAAGCUGGACUGUCUGGUCUGGCUCGUGAGUUUCCUCUCCGCUUUCUUCCUGAGCCUCCCCUACGGCGUGGCGGUGGGCGUUGGAUUCUCCGUGCUCGUGGUGGUUUUCCACACCCAGUUCCGCAACGGCUCUGCCCUGGGCCAGGUGACUUCCACUGACAUCUACAAGAACCCCAAAACCUACAACAAGGUCCAUGAAGUUAAUGGGAUUAAAAUCAUCACCUACUGCUCGCCGCUGUAUUUCGCCAACUCGGAGAUAUUCCGGGAGAAAAUCAUAGCCAAGACAGGGGUGGAUCCCGGCAAGGUGUACUUGGCCAGGAGGAAAUUUGUGAAACAGCAGGGGAAGAGCACAGCACAAGCACCAGCAAAGCUCCCAAAAUUCCUGCUAAAGGAGAACAAGACCUUGUCUUUGCAAGAGCUCCAGAAGGACUUUGAGAGCGCCUCUCCAACAGACACCAACAACAACCAGACCACUGCCAACGGUGCCAGCAUCUCCUACAUCACAUUCCACCCUCCUGCCCCCGGGGCUGGGCCAGGGCAGAGCCCUGGGGAGCUGGGCAGCAGCAGCAGCACCCUGCAGGGCAGCACCCUCAGCGUGCUGCCCACAGCAGACACUGACCCUGUGCUGGCAGCACCGCCCUACGUCAGCUUCCACACCAUCAUCCUGGACAUGAGUGGGGUGUGCUUUGUGGACCUGAUGGGCACAAAGGCGCUGAGCAAGUUGUGUUCCAGUUACCGGAAGAUUGGGAUCAAAGUGUUCCUGGCAAAUGUGCAUGCCCAGGUGUACGAUGACAUCAGCACAGGGGGAGUCUUUGAGGAAGGAGCUCUGGACCCAAGUCACAUCUUCCUGACCAUCCACGAUGCUGUUUUGUUUGCACUGGCCAGUAUCAGAGAAUUUGUCCACCCACCCAUCUUGGAAGAGAGGCCGACCCAGACAGAGCUCUCCAUCUAUGAUGAGUCUGUGGAUGAGGGCAGUGCAGAAUACAAGAACCUGGAGGAGGAGAUGUUUGGGAGCAUGUUCCACUCAGAGACCCAGACAGCUCUGUGA